AUGAUUGCAUUUACAGUACCAAUACUUGUCGUCUUAUUAAUAACCAGUCAAUGUAUGGAUGCUUAUCCAUCAGCAUCGUCAAUUGGUUUGAAAGAUAAUCAUCGCUCACUGAAUUUUCGGUUGAAACGUGACUUUGGCUAUUUACAACGACAUGAAUUGGCAAAUCUAUACAACGAUGAAAUCCCGGAAGAAAGUUUACAUAGAAGCCGCUUGAAAUGA